AUGAUUUAUAUUUUGUAUAUAAUAAUUUGUGGAUUGGUACUUGGAUUCCGUAAUAUAAAUAGUGGAACAUUUACACAUUUGAAUAAGAAUAUAAAUUUCAAGUAUGGAAAUCUAAAUUGCCCUUAUAGAAGCACUAAACUAUUUUCAAAGAGGUUUGAAAUAUAUCGAUUGAGAAGACAAAAGGAGAUUUAUGAUUCCUUCGAAUCGAUUUUUACCAGACAGAGGGGACUUCGUAUUGGGAACAACAUUAGUCCAGAGUUAAUUCAUGGGAUUAGUGUCAUGGAAGUUAAACUUAACAGUGACUGUACUCACGCUGAUAUUUAUAUUCUCGUUUCCGGUGACUCUUUUCAACAACGUCAAUGUUAUUCAUGGUUGAAUCGUAAUUCUAAACGUUUGAGAUACUUGAUGGGUCAAAUGUUAAAAUAUCGCAAGAACGUUCCUACUAUCAACUUUCAUCCUUACAAUUUUGAUAUACACGAUGAUGAAGAUGACGAAGAUAUAGAAAUUGAAGAAAAAACCUAUGACGAGAAUUUUGGGGGAAAUUACGAAGAAAAUCUUGACGAGGAAAAUAUUGAAAACGACGAAGAGGAUCAAGAAAAAACACUUAAAUUAAUUGAAAUUAUCUAACACACCUUAACUAAAAAUAAUAUAUUUUCUCUAAAAAUAA